UCUGGUAGUCUGCUGCGGGACCAGGACAGACAGCUGAGGGGGGCCUGAAUGUCCAACCGGGACGGUCGUUGGACUACCGCGAACUCACACACACCAUUUCCAGAGAUAGUGGCCGUUUACUGCGAUGGCGACACUGUGCCAGUCGAUGAUGCAGGCAUCCUGGGAGAGCAGCAGACAAUGAAUGGUCCGGGAUGACUGUGUGGAUCAGUCCGAGGGAACAACAGCCUCAGUCUACCAACAAGACUGUAAUCUUACAAGGGUCGAAGAUGGCAUAGAUAGAUGAGACCGAUAAUCCACAGGGGAAACAGAGCUGCCACUGAGUGUGUGUGAGAGGGAGAAGCGCAGGAAUGUGUCUGAAUGUUAAAGUCUCCACAGUCGACUGAUGAGCAGCCAGUAGCACCGGGGUUGGGCUACACCGACUGGCACAGAGGGUCAGCAGUGCCAGACAAGACGAUUGGAGGACAGAAGACGCACUUGCUGAACUGCUAGUGGUUUACUAGUGGUUAGCUGUAGCAUACUUGUGGCAGCAGGGAGGAAGAAGGAGGGCUUGGCGAUGGUCACAGCGAUGGACGAUGCCUGUCCCAAUGGGGUACGGGAGGAGGAGGAGGUGACGUCCCAGGGACAGCCUGGCGUGGAGGGGGCCCCGGCCAUGCAGUCCACCCAGGAGUCAAACGCAUCUGGAGCCAUGCAGCAGGUGUUGGAUAAUGUGGCUGAGCCUCCCAUCUCAGCGGGCGCCAAAGACAUUGACCUGCUCUUCCUGCGCGGCAUCAUGGAGAGUCCUGUGGCUCAGGAGCAGCUGGAGGAGACGAAGCUGGAGGCGGUGCAGGACAACAAUGUGGAGCUGGUGACGGAGAUCCUGGGCGACAUUAGCAACCUAAAGGUGAAAGACGACAGCGCCGCAGAGCUGUCUAGGAUCCUUAAAGAGCCGCACUUCCAGUCUCUGUUGGAGGCCCACGACAUGGUGGCAUCCAAGUGCUACGAAGUCCCACCACCAACCGAGAUACCCAACGAUGCAGCAGUGAACAGCGCUCUGAUGCAGGCUGAUGCUGUGCGCAUGAUUGGCAUCCGUAAGAAGGCCGGAGAGCCGCUGGGUGUGACAUUUCGUGUGGAAAAGGACGACCUGGUCAUAGCUCGAAUCCUCCAUGGCGGGAUGAUCGACAGGCAGGGCCUGCUGCACGUGGGCGACAUCAUCAAGGAGGUGAACGGGAAGGACGUUGGCAACAACCCCACCGAGCUGCAGGAGAUGCUCAAAGACUGCAGCGGAGGGAUCACGCUGAAAAUACUCCCGAGCUACCGAGACGCUCCCGCGCCACCUCAGGUGCAUGUGCGGCCAUACUUUGAUUAUGACCCGGCCAAUGACAACCUGAUUCCUUGCCGAGAGGCGGGAAUGGCCUUUAAGAGAGGUGACAUCCUGCAGAUUGUGAACAGGGAGGACCCAAACUGGUGGCAGGCGUGCCAUGUGGUCGGAGGGGCUACAGGAUUGAUCCCUAGUCAGUUCCUGGAAGAAAAGAGGAAAGCUUUUGUCCCUCGAGACUUUGAUGGAUCAGGAAUGCUUUGUGGUACUAUUGCUGGGAAAAAGAAGAAGAAAAUGAUGUAUCUGACAGCCAAGAAUGCAGAAUUCGAUAGACAUGAAUUGCUAAUUUAUGAGGAAGUAGCAAAGGUACCACCUUUCCAGAGGAAGACUCUGGUUCUGAUUGGUGCUCAGGGUGUAGGUCGGCGCAGCCUCAAGAACCGGCUGAUGGUCCUCCAUCCCACACGCUUUGGCACCACCAUACCCUACACUUCUCGACGGCCCCGUGAUGAUGAGCUAGACGGUAACUCCUACCACUUCACCACAAGGACAGAGAUGGAGGUGGAUGUGAAGGCUGGACGUUUCUUGGAACACGGCGAGUAUGACGGCAACUUGUACGGCACCAAGAUCGAGUCCAUCCAUGAGGUGGUGAGAACAGGACGCACCUGCAUCCUGGACGUCAACCCACAUGCUCUAAAGGUGCUAAAAACAGCAGAGUUCAUGCCUUACGUGGUGUUCAUUGCAGCACCAGACUUUGAUACUCUUAAGGGCAUGCACAAAGCUGUGGUGGACGCAGGCAUCACCACCAAACAACUCACGGACGUCGACCUGAGGAAGACGGUGGAUGAGAGCGCUCGGAUCCAGAGGGCGUACAACCACUACUUUGACCUCACCAUCGUCAACGACAACCUGGACCAGGCCUUUGAGACGUUACAGGCGGCCGUGGACAAACUGUGCAACGAACACCAGUGGGUCCCUGUGAACUGGGUGUACUGAGGGCCAGCUGCUGUGCUCACACUGACCACUCGGAGUGGUCAGUAUGUGUGUUUCCCACCACAAAGGCCAAAGAAGAGGUGAAGAGAAAGUAAAUAAUAAAAAAGAAAAAAUCUCCCAUAAACACUCUUCCUCCUCUCGGGCCUGCACGCAGUGCAACUUUUUUAUUCCUAAAAACUCAAAGGGAAAGAGUGCUUAUUUAUUUUCUAACUUUUUAUGAGAGAUCUUUCUAUCAAUGUGGAAUUCAGUGAGAAGUAAACAAAAAAUCUGGUCUCCUUAUUAGGGCCGUAUUUUUGCAUUAAUUUAUUGUUGUAGUUUGAUUUUGUAGUCAUUGAUUGAUUUCAAGUGUUUGUGUCAGCUGUUCUCCAUGGAUGUCCGGGAUUAUUGAUCACCUUCCACGCUCUGAUAAGAAGACGAAGAUAGGAGAAGAGAUUCAUCAGUGUGGCACAUCGUUGCUGAAAGUCUGUGUAGCUGUGAUUUUUACAUCUAUACUUUAUCCUUUGGUGUUUUUACGUAGCUGACCCUAAACUUUCCUAUCAGCAUCCCCUCAAUCAUCAUUGAUGCAGAAAUAAAAGCUCGUAUGCGCACAAUUCCCUGGGUAUGUAAAGAAAAUCGACUUUAUACUGUAUUUUUCAAAUCAAACACCGUGUCUGUUCUUCUGUCGAGUUUAGCGUUGUUGUUCUAGCUCUCCAUCAGUGUGGUGGUUGAUCGUGUUUAGUGUUGAUUUGUUUUUAUUGAUGUUACCAGCCUGUCUGUCUGUCUGGACUUCACCGUCCACAUCUGCCAGUUUCAUGUUUUAUAUUUGUGAAUGUGGCACAAAUCCACUCCCGCUUCAUGGUCCCCGUCUUCACUGUUUCAGUCUGCCAAAGCUCUGAUCUCACUCCAAAUAAAAGGUGAACUCAUAUCUGUCAAAUCUGAUUCCUAUUUGGACUGAAGGCUGUCGUAUAAAAGUCUGAUUUCACGGCUAGUGGGGGGAAAGUAAAUUCAUGUAGCAGAGCCAAAGGGGAAAACUUGUGCUAAUUUUUCUCAUUUUUGUAAAUCUUUUUUAAAACAAGUAAAACUGUUAAAGGAAUUCCACACAGUUGUUCUGAAACCUGUGGUUACACUUCACGCCCUGAUAAAUGACCUUAUGUGAAUAUUGUUUUCAUGAUAUAUUUAUAUACAUACAUAUAUAUGAAUCAUGUCUGACCCUCCUGAGGCUUUUCUGUGCCACGUAUCAGAGAACAACCCGACUGUGCUCACCUCAACUUCAUGUCUGCAAAUGUUUUUACAUUUUUAUGAGCAUAUUUAUGAUGAAUAAACCUUUA